UGUUUCACUCUCUGUUUCAACACCGUCCGUCCUCUAUGAGAUGAUUAACCUGGCAGGUGUGAGGCGAGUCUCGCCCACUGUUUUAGUGAGCUGUCGUCUUCUGUCUGCGGGGGGUACAGAGGGUCAGCCCGGCCGGCUAAUGGCCGUGGUCACAAAGCUGGAAGCCGGCCCAUUAGAAGAAGCCGCCGUCAUUAGGACCAGCACACUUUCAAACAACCUGACCUACUGGUCCCACACUGUUUAUUAGCAAAGUUUUGGCUCUCCGUUAGAGCAAUUAUACUCACCAUUCAUGAUGAACUGUGGCCUUUUCCUUCAACACAACGAGACAAGAAACACACACUGGCAUACAUAGUAAAUAAUGUUGUCCUGAAUAGGGAGCUGCCGUAUUAAUGACAUUUUCUUCCCUGCAAAUGUGUUGCAAAAAGAAAAUGUGCUCGGGAAAAGGGGAAAGUGUCAGCGAGUGAUGUAUGUCGUUCAUUGGACACAGAACAUUUAGUUUUCAUUAAGAGUUAAACAUGUACACGAAACAUUAAUGGGGUUCAGCGGCGGCAGCAGUGGCAUGCUUCACUAUCUCAUCCUGAUAAAUUAGCAACUCAGCACACAGGGGUAAAAGGAAAAAUAGGAGAAGAAAGAGAGACAUUAAUAUAAUGUGUAGUGGGGGAGGAACUGACGGAUAAUGUCUUUAUCCAAAGAUUGGUGUUUAUGACGCAACGUGAUAUUAUCCCUGACCGGGGCAUCUGCAAGCUGCAAGGAUGAACAAAGGCUGGGCGAGGGGAGGAGAGGAUGAGCGGAGAGAAAGGUUCGGAGCACGCCACAGCAACACUUCCUGCCGCCUUCUCGGACCUGUUACCUCACUUCCUGGUGGAGCCAGAGGACGAGUUCAUCGUGAAGAACAAGCCGGUGACGCUGACGUGCCGCUCCACCCCGGCCACGCAGAUCUACUUCAAGUGCAACGGCGAAUGGGUUCACCAGGACGACCACUUGAUCGUGCGGACUGUUGACCCAGCUACAGCGCUGCCAAUCAUGCAGGUGACAAUUGACAUCACCAGACAGCAGGUGGAGAAGAUCUUCGGUCUCGACGAGUACUGGUGUCAGUGUGUCGCCUGGAGCACCACCGGAACCCAGAAGAGCCAAAAGGCAUACAUCAGGAUUGCUUACCUGAGAAAGAACUUUGAGGAGGAGCCGCAGGGUAAAGAGGUAGCAUUGGACCAGGAGGUGUUACUGCGCUGCCAUCCCCCCGAGGGAGUGCCACAAGCCGAGGUGGAGUGGCAGAGAAACGAGGAUGUGAUCAACCCAGCGAGCGACCCCAAUUUUUUCAUCACAACUGACCAUAAUCUCGUCAUCAAAAAAGCCCGGCUGGCGGACACGGGCAACUACACGUGUGUGGCCAAAAACAUCGUCGCUCGCCGCAAAAGCACCCCCGCCACGGUCCUAGUCUAUGUCAACGGCGGCUGGUCCACGUGGACCACCUGGUCGUCCUGCAGUGCUGUGUGUGGGCGUGGCUGGCAGAAGAGGAGUCGGAGCUGCACCAACCCCACGCCACUGAAUGGAGGCACAUCCUGUGAGGGGCAGAACGUCCAGAAAAGUGCCUGCGUGGCCACCUGUCCAGUAGACGGAGGCUGGAGCGAGUGGAGCAAGUGGUCGGCGUGCGGUGCAGACUGUUCGAUGUGGAGGAGCAGAGAGUGCACCCAGCCCUCACCUGGCACCGGGGGCAAAGACUGCCAGGGGCUUGACCUCCAGUCUCUCAACUGUACCAGCGAGCAGUGCCCACAGACCGUGAGCGGGGCCGAGGACGUGGCGCUCUACGUGGGCAUGGUGGCGGUGGCUCUGUGUCUGACUCUGCUACUCAUCGUGGUGGUCCUGGUCUACCGACGCAAGAAGGAGGACCUGGACUCCGACGUGGCGGACUCCUCCAUCCUCACCACUGGCUUCCAGCCCAUGGGCAUCAAGCCCAGCAAGCCAGGUGUGUGGGCACCGCGGCCACGCAGGCCUCCCCCCCACAGCAAGAAUUCACAUUUGCUCACCAUCCAGCCCGAUCUAACCACUACCACGACCAGCUACCAAGGCACCCUGCGCUCUCGCCACGAUACCACGGGGAAGUUUUCGAUGACCAAUGGGCCUCUGCUGGACCCGCUUCCCAACGGUUCGCACACUCUGCACAACGGCAAGCUUAACUCAGACCCUUCUGAGUUUGUGAGCAGACUGUCCACUCAGAGCUACUUUAAAACGCUGACCCGCGAUGUAGCUAACACUUCCUAUGGGACCUUCAACUUUUUGGGAGGGAGGCUGACGAUCCCCAGCACAGGAAUCAGUCUGCUCAUUCCUCCGGAGGCCAUCCCCAGAGGAAAGAUCUAUGAGAUUUAUCUCACUGUUCAGAGGAAGGAAGAUUUAAGGUUACCCCUGGCCGGCUGCCAGACCCUGCUCAGCCCCGUUGUGAGUUGUGGCCCUCCGGGGGUGGUCCUGAGCCGGCCAGUUAUCCUCAGCAUGGACCACUGCUCUGACGCAUGCCUCGAUAACUGGGCCGUCCGCCUCAAGAAGCAGAACUAUGAGGGCACUUGGGAGGACGUCCUGCUGAUGGGGGAGGAGCUGGUGUCGGAGCCCUAUUACUGCCAGCUGGAGGCCGAGACGUGCCGGCUUUUCUCGGAGCAGCUGGGCACCCUCGCCCUGGUGGGAGAGUCCCUGCACAUGGGUGCUGCCAAGCGCCUUAGGCUGGUGCUCUUCUCUGACGCGUACUGCUCCACGCUGGAGUACAACAUCAGGGUCUACUGCAUGGAUGACACACAAGACGUCUUCAAGGAGGUGAUGCAGAUGGAGCGGCAGCUCGGGGGUCGGCUGAUUGACGAGCCUCACGUCCUGCUUUUCAAAGACAGCUACCACAACCUGCGCCUGUCCAUCCAUGACAUGCCCCAGGCGCACUGGAGGAGCAAGCUGCUAGCCGGCUACCAGGAGAUCCCGUUCUACCACAUCUGGAACGGUUCCCAGCGGUACCUGCACUGCACGUUCACUCUGGAGCGGCUCAGCCUCAGCACCUGCGAGCUCACCUGCCAGCUGUGCGUGUGGCAGGUGGAGGGGGAGGGACAGAGCUUUAGCCUCGACUUUAACAUUGCCAAGGACACCCGAGCUGUGGACUCUGAGUUCCUGUUAAUUGACAGUAGCGCCACAGCUCUGGCGGGGCCCAGCGCCUUUCAGAUCCCGUACCUCAUCAGGCAGAAGAUCUGCAGCAGCCUGGAUGCCCCCUGUCCCAACGGAGCCGACUGGAGAAUGCUAGCACAAAGACUUAAACUUGAGAGACACAUGAGUUUCUUUGCAUCCAAAGCGAGCCCAACUUCUGUGAUCCUGGACCUGUGGGAGGCACAACAUUUCCACAGCGGCAACAUCAACCAGCUGGCCACGGUCAUGGCUGACAUUGGCAAACAAGAAGCCAUGAUAUUCCUGGUCUCCGAUGGCGAGUGCUAACCCAGAAAAGGGGGAGAGACUGGUGCAGCGGAAAAAGUACAGAACACAACAACAACAACACACAAAAAACAACACAGGAAUCGAAGAGCAGAGCUGUCCCCAUGUCCCUCUUCUUCACUUUAGAAGAUAGUAAAGGAUUAAGUCCCUAUAUCCCAUGGAACAGAGUAAAGAUCUUUAAAUGA